GCGAGCGAGUCUCCCGGAGCCGCGCGGACCCAGCUGAGCCCAGCCCACUGGACGCCAGACCUCGACCAUCGCUCGUAUCCUAGCCACCGCUCGGAGCCGAGGCGGACGAGUCCCGAUCUUCCCCUGUCCCAACCCCGCCCCGACCCUCCUCUCCACCUCCCGCGUCGUGGCACCAGCUGUCUCCGGCAGCCCUUCGGUCAUGAAAUCGCUCAGGUUGCCGGCUCCUGUCCUCCUCUGCUUCCUUCUACUGACCAAGGGGUUGGGAGCAGCGCCCCCGGGGCACCCUGAGGCUCAGCCACCUCCGCCCAGCUCUGAGCAUGAAGAGCCAGUAGCUGGGGACGCAGUACUCGGGCCGAAGGGUGUUAGCGCCCCAGAGGUCCGAGCCGCUAGAAAUUCAGAGCCGCAGGACGAGGGAGAGCUUUUCCAGGGCGUGGAUCCCCGGGCGCUGGCCGCGGUGCUGCUGCAGGCACUCGACCGCCCGGCCUCGCCCCCAGCGCCUGGCGGCUCCCAGCAGCGGCCAGAGGAAGAAGCAGCAGAAGCUCUGCUGACCGAGACCGUGCGCAGCCAGACCCACAGUCUCCCAGCGCCAGAGACCCAGGCGCCCGCGGCCCCGCCUCGCCCUCAGACUCAGGAGAAUGGUCCCGAGGCGGCCGACCCCUCCGAGGAGCUCGAGGCGCUAGCUUCCCUGCUUCAGGAACUGCGAGAUUUCAGUCCGAGCAGUGCCAAGCGCCAGCAAGAGACGGCGGCAGCAGAGACGGAAACCCGCACGCACACGCUGACCCGAGUCAACCUGGAGAGCCCCGGGCCGGAGCGCGUGUGGCGGGCGUCCUGGGGAGAGUUCCAGGCGCGCGUCCCGGAGCGCGCGGCCCUGCCGCCGCCUGCUCCCCCGCAAUUCCAGGCGCGUAUGCCCGAGAGCGGGCCCCUUCCCGAAGCCCACCAGUUCGGGGAAGGAGUGUCCUCCCCCAAAACACACCUAGGUGAGGCAUUGGCACCCUUGUCCAAGGCGUACCAAGGCCUGGGCGCUCCCUUUACCAAGGCGCGCCGGCCGGAGACCACACUCCUGGGCGGCUCUGAGGCGGGAGAGCGCCUUCUACAGCAAGGGCUGGCGCAGGUGGAAGCCGGGCGGCGGCAGGCGGAGGCCACACGGCAGGCCGCGGCCCAGGAAGAGCGGCUGGCCGACCUCGCCUCCGACCUGCUGCUCCAGUAUUUGCUGCAGGGCGGGGCUCGGCAGCGCGGCCUGGGGGGUCGGGGGCUGCAGGAGGAGGCGGAGCAGGAGAGACGCGGCGGGGAGGAGAGGGUGGGGGAAGAGGAUGAGGAGGCGGCGGAGGCGGAGGCGGAGGCGGAGGAGGCGGAGAGGGCGCGACAGAACGCUUUACUGUUCGCUGAGGAGGAGGACGGGGAAGCCGGAGCCGAAGACAAGCGCUCCCAGGAGGAGACGCCCGGCCACCGACGAAAGGAGGCCGAGGGGGCAGAGGAGGGCGGGGAGGAGGACGACGACGACGAAGAGAUGGACCCGCAGACAAUCGAUAGCCUCAUUGAGCUGUCCACCAAACUCCACCUGCCAGCGGACGACGUGGUCAGCAUCAUCGAGGAGGUGGAAGAGAAGCGGAAGCGGAAGAAGAACGCCCCUCCCGAGCCUGUGCCGCCCCCCCGGGCCGCCCCCGUCCCCACUCACGCCCGCUCCCCGCAGCCCCAGCCCCUCUCCCCCGCCCCGGCUCGGGACGAGCUGCCCGACUGGAACGAGGUGCUCCCGCCCUGGGAUCGGGAGGAGGACGAGGUGUUUCCCCCGGGGCCCUACCACCCUUUUCCCAACUACAUCCGGCCGCGAACACUGCAGCCACCCGCUGCCUCGCGCCGCCGCCACUACCACCACGCCCUGCCGCCUUCGAGCCACUAUCCCGACAGGGAGGCCCACGCGCGGCGCGCUCAGGAGCAGGCGGAGGCAGAGGAGCGCCGGCUGCAGGAGCAGGAGGAGCUGGAGAAUUACAUCGAGCACGUGCUGCUCAGGCGCCCGUGACCGGCCCCGGCCCCGCCCCCGCGCGCCGCCGCGCGCGCCGCCACCCCCCCUCCGUGUCGCUCCUUUCCCCUCUCAGUGUUUUGCAUGCGCCCGGCCCCGCCCCCGGCCGCCGCCCAGCCCCGCC